AAUCAAUCAGAUGAAGAGACCAAAUUGGCAGAAUUGCACUGUCUUCUCACCAAAGAGUCCGCUCGAACCUCAAGUCUUCUGGCCGAAAUUAGUUUAAUGCGAAAGCGUCUGGAGCCGGACGACGUGAGACGUAAAUGCGAGCAACUCCAAGAUGAGGCUGCUCUUCGCUGCUGCGAUUACCAGCGCGAAAUUUCGGCUGAGCUGCCAUCCGCCAGUUUGCAGACUCUCUUGGAGGCGAAGGAGAGACUUCGUGAACUAUAUGCUGCCCAAAUUGAGACGGCCGUUGAGAGCCUACGAGAGAAACAGAGAGGCUUGAAUUAUCAGGUACCUUUCCUCACAGGUGACUACCCGCCCAAAACCUAUCAAAACCACGACCAUUCAACGCGUCUGAAGGUUUUAAAAUUUGGUCUUGAAGAACGGCUUCGGCACUUGGCAGACGCAAAGAGCAAGUCGAAGGUUCUAGAAGACCAACUGGAGACAAUCAAAACUCAGCAGAAUGUCUCAAAAAUCGAAACAAUACGGCGUUUAUUUGCACUGUUCAAGACCCGCCGGGAACACAUAGAUGUCCUACGCCAAGAAAUCAGACAAAACUUGCAGACGAUGCAAACCAUAACCCCCGCCGUUCGGCAGGACUCCAAGGAGCAUAUAUUUCAAAUGGCACAGACUAUGACGCGUUUAAAAAACCAAAUUCGGGAAGCCAAAAGCGAGGUGGCGCAACUUAAGCAGAAUCCUGUGCUUCGACUUCAACAGCUUAAGUCCUCAAUUUUUGCUCUCAAAACUGCCAUCACAAACUCUGAAGCCCGUCAACUCGCUUCGAAAGUAGAUAUUCGAAGCGGUGUGAAGCAGUUCAAGAAGUUGUCCUGCGAUAAUGAAAGAUUAAAGAAGGUGAGCGGUCUUUCGAAGUGA